UUAAGAUUCAGAAUAAACACUAAUUAUUUAAUCAUCAUAAAAAAUUACUUAAAAAGAAUAAAAUCAAGAACAACCAGGGUCAGUUUACGUAAGUAUCGAUACCUGGAGUGCUUUUUAUGAGAAAUGGCAAGAGUUAUUAAAGGCCCAAGAGGAAAACAUACCAAUGUGGAUUAUGGAAAUUUGGGGAAAUAUAUGCAUGAUGCUGCCCAGAAGCACGCAAAUAAUAUAUUCCAGAUCGACGCAGAUUUGGACCUAAAAGAAACAUACGCUCAAGCCCAUUUAAGAGCUCGAAGAUUGGCUUUGAGUCUAAGAGAACAUGGGCUACAAAAAGACGACAUUAUAACGAUUUGUUCGAGGAAUAACCUAAAUAACGUAAUCCCUCUAAUAGCAGGGUUAUUCUUAGGGGCUAAAAUAGCUUCAAUAGACCCGACGUUAUCCCUCAUCGACUGCAAGCACUGCAUCAAUCUUGUGAAACCAAAAUUCAUCUUCGUUGAAAAUACGUAUGUGGAAUUGAUCGAAAAUUCCAUUGAUUGGGUGGGAUGCGCCCCCAAAAUAGUAGUGAUUGGUAAAUUUGCCAGGCAUUUAAACUUUGAAGAUUUAACGAAAGAAUAUAAAGAUGAAGCCACUGUUGAGCCUGUAGUUUUCAGUUCCAAGGAAACAGCUUUUAUUUUUUUCAGUAGUGGCACUACUGGAUUGCCUAAAGGCAUUUGCUGUAGUCAUGAUGCUCUUUUAAAAACCGCAAUGAAUAUUUUAGACUCAGACUUUUUGAGAUCAGAUGUAAACUUCCACUUAACCACCCUGUAUUGGAUAUCAGCAAUAAUAUGCUUAAUGCGGACUUACAUAAAAGGUGGUCAAAGAGUUUUUUCAUCAAACCCAACGCCCGUAGGAGUAUUGAAAUUGUUCGAUAAAUAUAAAGUUACUUCUACUUUAUUUCCCCCCUUAUUCUCAUAUGGCCUACUUGAAGUACCAAAUUUGGAAAAAUACAAUUUAGAAAGUCUGUAUUCAGUGACGUUUGGAGGGACUCCGAUGACCACGGAGCAGAUAACCAGGAUGCGAGAUACUUUUAAACACGUCAAAUUUCAAGUUGCCUAUGGUAUGACGGAGACGUCAGGAUGUAUCACGCACUUCGAUUUUACCAGGGAUAAGGAUAUUUAUUUGAAGAAGGAAAUGAGUUCUGGAAAAGCAGCCGUGGAUGUGGAGAUAAAGAUAGUCGACAUAGAAACAAGAAAGCUCCUCCCGCCCAACCAAAACGGGGAAAUCUUGGUCAAACCAGCAUCAAUCCCAAACGGUUACCACAAGAACUCGGAAAUGUCACACAAUUUCGACAAAGAAGGCUACCUGAAGACGGGAGAUGUCGGCUACUACGAUGAAGACGAGUGCGUGUACAUCGUGGACCGUAUUAAGGAAAUGUUCAAGUAUCAAUCGUGGCACAUCGUACCCAACUCCAUCGAGCAGGUUUUGAUGGAACACCCGGCGAUCGAGGAGGCCGUGGUUUUUGGGAUUCCCCACGGCGCCGACGGGGAUGUACCGACCGCUUGCAUCAUCUUAAAAAAUAACCAGGUGGUUAGUGUCGAGGAGUUGCAUAAGUUCGUUAACGAGCGGGUUGCCGAUCGGCAGAGGUUGAGGGGCGGAAUCAAGUUUGUCGAUUCUAUUUCCAAGACGCCGAGCGGCAAGUUUCAGAGGAGGCGGAUUAGGGAAAUGUACAAAAAAUUGUAACUUAAACUUGGAAACUCCAAAUAAAUUAGUUAAGUGUCAAUAUU